CCGAGGCGAUCAGAGUGCUUGACAGCCGUGCUUGCCGUUGUUAGGCCGCUGUACAGACAGUACUCGUCCUCUGCGCCGCCAUUGUUAUGGCCUCGCAGCAGGAGCUACAGUCCUCGGCGAAUGCUGCACGUACAGCCGCACCUCUCGAUCCGCAGUCUUUCUUUCAAACGAAUGGCAGCGCAUCCGCCUUUCCGUCCAUGAUGUCGUCUUCGCAAGUCGACAGCACUGUCACUGCUACCUCCGUCACCCAUGUCAAUCCUCAAAUGACAACUCUGUACCAGUCCGACAUGGAUCCCACCCAUGCAAUCUCCCUACCUCACGAGCUGUCACUGGGCAAUUUACCGUCUCGAUCACUCGACGUAUCUGCCAUGGAUGUCGUCUCCGCAGCGUCUGCAGACGCAGCGGCAGCGCACGGGCUUUUAACGAAUUAUUCUAGCCAAAACACCUCUUUUACACUCGAUCACAUUAAUGGGCUUGACGCAGUUGAUGUCGCUCGCCUGGCCUCAUCACCUAGUGCGACGACUGUGUCAACAAACCCAUCACACGCCUCUUCCCCUGCAGUGAACGGCAUGGCACCAUCCUUCUCUACGACGCCGUCCUCACUCGUGUCCGCGCUUAACGGCGUGGAAGCUCGACGAAGUCGCACAGAGUCAUCAGGAUCGCCUCCAGAUUUAUUAAGCUCUGGAUCGGAACUAGGCUUUUCGACUACGAGUAGCGGACCAGCGACAUCAAGCCUUGACCCAGGGUUUCCGUAUCCGCCCUAUGACGCCGCGCGCCAUGCGAAAGAGGACUCUCCAGAGCAAGGCGGUAGCCCGCACUUAUUCACUUUAGGUACCAUGUUGAAAAACAUCGCGCGUACAGCGAGCUCUGCCAGUAAAGCUUGUGACAUGGGUUCAACUACAGAUGCGCAGCAGAUCGUAGACGAGCUCAAGCGGAACGUGUUACUCGUUGCGGAACUGGUCUCGCAAGUCAAACUAGCUGACGCAUCGGUUACUGUACCCGCGGUUCCUGGGUUGGACGUUGAACAACACCAGCCUUUAAAUACUCUCUCGCUCUUCCCGCCGUCCACACCGCUCGACCCCAGCGCUAUGUAUGACACGUCCGAUCUCUCGCGAAAACGCGGCGCGUCUUCUAUGGACGGCGAUAGAGCCAUGAAGGCCAUGAAGUUGGAACCUCAAGACGAACCUCAGCCCGUUUCCACUGCACCAGUCAGGCGCCUGUCGACUUCAACCCAUACUUCCUCCGGUUUCGCGUUUACUCCCUCAACGAUACCACCUCCAUCAAUGUCCUCGCUGGGCGAUAUAUCCUCCAUUCCACCGUCGUUGUCAUCGAACGGCUCUAGUUCACGUCCACAAAGCUCUGCUGGGAUACCCCCUCAUCCUUUAGCUCUCGCAUCAGACCCGCCUAAUUCCUCGCACCCUUUGCAAGCUGGCGUGCAGUAUCCGACAAUGGACAACCCACAGGGUCUGGUCGGCUCUUCAACGGAGUACGUGUCUCCCGCCACCUCCAGCGUCCCAUCCACUGCGCUUCCUUCCACCGGCUUUAAUCCGUCCUUACCCGGUAGCAUGUGGCGCGACCCGCAAGGAUCUCUCACUCAUCACCAUCAGCACUCCCUGUCUGCAGGCGCCGUAUUGGUGCGCAUCCCCGAGUCUGGUAUGUCUGCAGCGGGACCGUCUUCGUUGCAGUUCCCGCCGCCGCCCGCAUUCCAUUCGCCUAUUCGAGCUACCAUGUUAUCGCACCAGCAAUCAAUACCCAUGCCGUCUUCAUCGUCUGUCUCGCUUAUCUCGCAUCCCUCUGUCCGUUCGUCGCGUUCGUCGUCGUUCGCUCACCAGCAAGGUGAAAUGCCAAACCUUCCGUACGACAUCCUACAAGCGCGCCAAGCCGCAGCGCUGCGUUCUCGCGCUUCGUCCCCGGCGCUUGAUGAUGAGAUGGAUGGGCAGGACUCCGAUGACGAACUCGGCGACUUGUCGUAUUCGCAGUACCACUCACCCUCUGCCGGUGCUGAAGGAGCGGACGCUGUAGUCGGUGCCGAGGGGCCGUCGGCUUCUGUGCAGCCACCCCGUGGGGGUCAGCGCCGCAUGAGCCGCGGAUCACCUUCUGCCGAGGGUGGAUCGACAUCCUCGGGCCAUGCAAAUGAAGUCCCACAGGAGUACCGUGCCGAAGUCGAGCGUAUCUUCUUUGAGUUCCUCAAUAUGAUUUGCUCGAACCUGGAGGCGACCGACGCGAAGGGGGAGCCUAUACACCAGACGCUCAUGGCCAAGAAGAUGCAACGGCUCGACGAGUCGCCUGAUUUUCGGCCAUUCAAGUUCCGGAUACAAGCGUUCACCAACGCGUUUCUAGAGGAGCUUUCCCGUCAAGGCUAUCCGGAAGAGAAGAUCCCGAUGAAAAAGAUCCGCAACUUCUUGUGGAGUCAACCUUACAUCUCUCGGUUCAACGAAGACGGCAAGAAAUCGAAGUCAAAGGGCAAUCACAUUUGGCAUGUUGAUGGGAAGAAGACCGAGAGUGGUUGGAUGUUCCGUCCUUUCAGGCGGAGACUGGCCGGUACGCCACCUGGGGUGGCUUAUGUCGGUUUGCGGUGGUCUUGGGCUCCGCGCAUCUGGGAUCCUCAAGCGUCGCGGGCGAAUAUGCCCGUAAAGUACAGCUCCCCGUCGCUGCCGUCAUGGUUGUCUUGGAAAGAUGAUGUUUUGUCCGGCAUACCCACACCGGAUGCUCAGAACUGCGAUGUCACUGUUGAGGCCAGAUUCGUACAAGAUGGUACAGAGGAAUUCCUAUCCCACACGGUGCAUGUUACUAUCGCACCCAUGGCAUCAGUGGACUCGACGUUCACUCCUUCACGACGGCCUUCUUUGGUCGGAGACAUUCAAAAUCCUCGCCGUGUCUUGAGUGAUACGGCAGUGGUUGCGCAGUGUAAUCCACCCCGAAUCAUGCGAACACAAACGACAAUGGCACCGGUAGCCCCUGUAGUUGCGCCUGAUUCUCAAGUGGUCCAAGUGCUGACCACUGCUGCCCAGCGAGUCGCGCAGGAGGCACAGUCACAAGUUGUGGCCUCACCCAACGAAGUCGGACCGGAGUUGCAGGCGCUUGCCAAACAGCAGCACGUCCUCACGGUGACUGCGCAGGCGAUUAACACGAAGAUGGCUGCAGAGGCGCAGGAGGGCACGUCUCAGUCCAAUGCUCUGACGGCAGCCGCGCAGCAAGUCGUGCUCCAGGCGGCUCGCCAGGUAGCAGCGGACCGCUCAGUGGCCGCCGUUUCUGCCGGCAUUCCCCCGUCGCAGAACUCGGCACCCCAGGUCACGGUGAAGGAUGUGUCGGUGGCCACGCAAUCCGCGGUGGCCCAGGCCGUCGACAUGGUCGGACCUCUGUCCAGUGAGGUCGACGUUCUGAUGACUGCGAGCUCGCUCCUGCAGCAGCAGACUCAGCAGACUCAGCAGACUAGGCCGCCAGUCCCACUGGUCAUGGAGUCGCAACUUGCCGCUCUAGAUGCUAGUCGGGCGCAUACGACAGGCACAACACCGCCGCAUUAUGGGAUGUCCAUUCCGCCCACUUCACUCCCAGUCUUCUAUUCUAUGUCUUAGUUCUCGUUAUGCGGACCAGUCGUUAUGUUAUGUGUUACAUCCCGGGUUUGCCAUAGACUGCACGCAUGCAUGGUUCAACGUCCC